AUGGGUGGGCACGGUCACGGAGCACCUUACACAGUUCCGCAUUACUCACAGUUCAAGAUUGAUGGUAUUCGUGAGCUCGAGGAGGUUCAAAGUGAGCUUGCCAAGAGGGGGCUGAAGGAUCCAUGGAUUCGAAAUGAGGCCUGGCGUUAUCACCCUGGAUUUGGUACAAAAUGGCUAAAGGCGCGCAAGUUAUUCUUCAGAGGGUUCCCUCUGGGUCUUGGUCUAACCAUUGCCACUGUUGCCUUUAAUAAGCUCACUGGAGGUGAUGAUCAUGGCCACCAUGGAGAACACCAUUAA